CAGUUCUAGACCAUCGAAGCUCAAAGAUGUCUAGCACAUAUCUCCUAGUGUUGCUUAUUGGUGUGGUUGCUCUCACCACUCCUUCCUUGGCUGAUCACCACAAACCACCUCACUAUGAGCACAUUCCACCUGCUUUUAGCCCCAAUCCUGCCCCUGAGCACAUUCCACCUGCUUUUAGCCCCAAACCUGCCCCUGAGCACAAGCCACCAACUCACUUUCCUAAGCCACCAAUCCCUGCCCAUAAACCUCCUAGAAAAGAGAAGCCAGGACCAAAGCAUGAGCCAUUUACCCCAGCUGAACCUCCUAAAGUAGAGAAACCAGUACCAGAACACAAGCCACCAACUCUAUCUCCCAAACCAGCAUUUUUGCCACCAAUCCAUAAGCCAUUUCCGCCUUAUGGUCACUUUCCAGCACACCCUCCAACGGAGAGUGGUGAAGCUCCUCAUAAGCCACCACGGAAGACGACGCCUCCCCCCAUUCCACAAAAGAAGCCACCUAGUCCACACCACAAAGCACCUCCACCAACCCAUGCCUACUGAAUUAGUACUGAUGCUGAGAGAUUGCUGGUUAGAAAUAAGAGCUCAUAAGUAGUCACAUAUGCUUUUUAUCUAUAGAACUCAUGUUAUUAUUGCAGUGGUUGCCCUACAGUGGUAGCCAAUGGGCAUAUCCUUAUACUUAUCCUUGUGAAAGCACUGAGUGCUACUUGUAGUCAUUUACAUAUUUUGGAAUAUACAUUACUUUCUAUCUAA